AGUUCCAUCUUCAUUGAUUUCCAGUUCGAUGUCACUUGAAGCACUUCGCCACCGAAAGAGUGCGGAUCACGGCCCACUCUCUCAUACGCUGGUCCCCUGGGAAUGUGAUUGAUCCUUUAUCUCGAUAUUCAUCAUCCCACCUGGACGAUUCUACAUACCACCAUUCUUGCGAGCAAACGGCUACCCCUAUGCAUCAUUUCCCCUGACAAUCACUCUCGUUUGCUUCUCUUCCUCUAAGCGAAUAUGAUGAUCCCAUGACGAUUGCGUUUCUGAAGCCUAAUCUUUUCAUAAAGGGCGCUCCUUCUCAGCUUUCAAUUCUUCCUUUUUGUCAGCCAGCGCUCCUACCGGCCACUUGGAAAAUAGCGAUAUGUAGAUCUGCAGAUAGUUUUAAACUAAUGAGACCAUCAGCGAAACGCCUGUUAUUCUUGUCAGAAUGCCUGAAUAUAGUAGAGGCUCUCAAAAAUACUCUGAAUUAUUUUUCCGAUAGAAAAUUUCGUUCUCUACGCGCCGCGUCAGAGGUAUAUCAAAUUCCCAUAAGCACCAUUCAGGAUCAACUCGAAGGCUGUCCAACCCGCGAAGAGAGCUCCCAGAAUGCACAGAAAUUAUCUCCUAUUCAAGAGACAUAUUAUGUGGACUGGAUCGUCGAAAAAGACCGCGCGAGUCGAGCCCCUUCUCACGCCAGGGGGGGCAAAUGGCGGAAUGCAUCGCCCGCGAAAAUGGAGACAAUUCCCCUUGCAGAAACCAUUGGAUCGAAAAAUUCCUUCGCCGUAAUCCCCAAGUAAACAGCAGGGCAGGGACGGCUCUGGAGGCUCCGCGUGCAAAUGGAGCAACAACAGAAGUUAUUUCAAGUUUUCUCGACCCAUAUCGACGCAUCUGCGAAGACUACAAGAUUAAGCCCUCCAGCCGGUGAAAUUCCGAUGAACAUAGUAUAAUUCUGGGUAUAGGAACAAAUGGGAGGAUAAUAGGGGCCUCUACAGGCCCAAAGAAGAAGCGUACAUAUGUCAAAACCCCUAGAGACCGCGAAUGGGUUUCUAUUGUUGAAGCAAGCUCGGGAAGGUCAACGUAUCUCUCGCCUCAUUAUCUUCAAAGGCGCAAACCUUCAAACUACG